AUGAGUGGUGAUUAUAAACCUAACUACAAAUCGUCACCAGGUAGAAAAAGGGCAGUUAUAGCAAAUAAAGAUCAACCCUCAAUCUACAGAUACCAAACACCAUCACAAGUUAAUUAUAGUAAUACUAGCGGUAUUGCUAAUAAUCAUAAUAGCAAUAUUUUAAAUGAUGUAACAAAAUAUUAUAAUAAUCAAUCUAACAUUAGAAAUCGAACAACCACUACCACCACCACUACUCAGCAAACCAAUGUAUAUAAUAAUAGAAACACUAAUAACAAUAUCCAUAUGAACGAUAGCGAUAUUGAAGAUGAUGAAGAUAUAACAUAUUCAGAUAACAGUAGAAAUUUAGACUAUUCAAAUGAAGAUUACAAUUCUGGUAAUAAUCCACGUAAAUUAAAAGAAUCCUUAUUAUUACUGCAACAACAACAGCAACAGCAACAACAACUAUUGCAACAACAACAACAACAGCAACAACAAUUAAAUCAUCAACAACAAGGUCAAAAUCUACUUCAAAACUUCCAAGCACCCCAAUCACAAACUACAACACAACAACAACAACAACAACAACUACAACAACAACAACAAAAUAAAGCCAAUACUCAACAAAGAAAUUUAACUCAACAACAACAAAAUAGGAACCAAUCAAAAAAUAUUUUUCAAAAGCUUCAUGAUUUAUAUUAUAAUAGUAUAAAUACAAUUUCUACAGUAUGGCCAUUUGACACCACAGAAUCAAAUAGGAACAACCCUCGUACAAAAAUAAAAACAUUUGUUUGGAUUGUUAUUAUUGCAUCAAUGGCGGUAUUGGGUCUCAUUGGGUUUUUUGCAACUAGAUAUCAUGGUGUUAACAUAUAUUUACCAAAUUCAACAUCACCAUCAAAAACUAUAGAAAAUACAAUUACAAAAGAACAAUUAAUUCCAAUGUUAGAAGAUUAUUUUAAACAAUCAAAAAUAUUCAGUAAAUUAGAAUUAAAAAUUAAUGAAUUAUCAAAUACAAAUAAUAAAGAAAAUCAAGAAAUUAUUAGAGAAUUAAAAGAUGAUAUCAAUUUAAUUAAAUUAAGUAGCAUGGAUGAAGAUAGAGUUAAUAAAUUGGUUGUAAAAAUGAUUGAUCAUUAUAACGAUAAUGAAAAUAACAAAAAAGAAUUAAGACAGGUUUUAGAAAAAGCAAUUAAUGAAUUUAAUCAAUUAGAAAAAGAGAAAUUAGAAAGAUAUGAAAAUAAAGCAAGCGAAUCAUUGGGUAUAUAUGAAAGUAAAGCAAGCGAAUCAUUACAUAUCUAUGAAAGUAAAGCAGGUGAAUCAUUAAACAAACUUUCAACACAAUCAAAUGAUCAAAUCAAACUAUUUACCACUCAACUCGAAGGUACAGUUGGCAAGAAAUUAGAAGAAUUAGAAAAAAAAUCCAAACAACAACUCUCACAACUUGGCCAAGAGUCCAAAGCCUUAAUUGAUCAACAAUCAGAGCAAUUGAAACAAUACCAACUUGAAUUAGACACCAAUGGAAAAGAAAAAGUCAAGCAACUAUUAAACGAAUAUCAAUCAUUAGAAAAGAGUUUGAAAGAGUUUACUGGUAAACUUGAAAAUGAACUUUCAUCAAGCAUUCAAACACUAAUUUCAGAUCAAAAGAAAUCCAUCACAUCAGAGUUCCAAAAACAAACAUCUGAUCAAUCAAAUAUGAUCAAUAGCCAAUCUAACCAUCUCACUGCUCAAUACACCCAAAUCACCAACCAAUUUUCAAAGAUUCAAAAUUUCAUUGAAAGCAAUCCAUCAAUCGAAUCUAUUCACAAGACAAUCUCCACACUUGAAGGCAUCAGAGAACUCAUUGACGACAUUUUAGAAGUUUAUAGUGCCGAUAAAAUUGCUAAAGUAGAUUAUGCUUUACUUGAAUCUGGCUCAUCAAUUGAAUACUUUGCCACUCAUUAUAAAGUUUCAAAAAGCUAUCCAACUAAUAGACAAGAACAACAUCAACAACAACAACAAGAAAAAACAAAGAAUAUUAUUAAUGAGUUAUCAAAUACUGCAACUGAUUUAUUUAAUAUAGCAUCCAAUUGGAUACUCCCAAAAACAAAAGUUAAUGAAGCACAUACCAUUUUAGAACCAACUGUUAAUACUGGUUCGUGCUGGGCUUUUUAUGGUCAACAAGGCACUGUUGUUAUUCGUUUAUCUAAAAGAAUCAAAGUUAACGAAGUUUCUAUGGAACAUAUAAAUCCUCUUAUUUCACAUCAUAUCGAAUCUGCACCCAAACAAUUCCAGGUUAUUGGUCUCGUUAACUCUACCGACAUUGGAACCGAUCUCGGUACAUUUACUUAUAACACCACUAUCAAUAGACAUAUACAAACCUUUAAAGUAGUAGAAACUGAAGAAGAGUUUAGUCAUAUCGUAUUAAAUGUUCUCUCAAACUAUGGUUAUAAAUACACCUGUAUUUAUAGAUUCCGUGUACAUGGUAUUCAAGUUGAACAUCCAGAAUUAGAACAACUUGUAGAUAUUGAACAUCAACACUCUGAUCAAUUGAUUAAAGAUAUUGAAAAGUCAAUUGAAAUUGAAAACCAACAAAAACAGAACUCUCAAGAUUUAUAA